ACAGUUACAUUACUCCGACUCCCGCUGUCCAUCAUGCGGCUGCACAGAGCUUUGCUGAGUGUACAGAUUUUACUCUUUUCUCUGGUACAGCUUUGCCAGGCUGAGAACGUCUUCCUUGAUGCCAAAGAUGCCCUCUCUGUCCUGAAGAGGCACAGGCGUGCGAACAGCUUCUUCGAGGAGGCGAAGAAAGGGGACCUGGAGCGAGAGUGCAUCGAAGAGGUGUGCAACCACGAAGAGGCCCACGAGGUGUUCGAGGACGAUGUCGAAACUGAAACGUUUUGGAAACAAUAUAAAGUUUGCAUACUUCCGGUGAAACCGAUUGAGCGAGAGGAACUGCUAGGCUGUCUGAACGGUGUAUGUUACACAGGAAAUGGAGCUGGUUAUGAGGGCACCAUCUCGUUAACAAAAUCUGGGCGAGAGUGUCAGAGAUGGUCCAGAAAUUACCCACACAGGAUCAAAUACAGUUCGGUGACCCAUCCAGAAGCUAAUCUUUUGGAAAACUACUGCCGAAAUCCUAACGAUAGCAUCUAUGGUCCAUGGUGUUAUACCAAAGACCCAACAGUCCAAUCAGAGGAGUGUUAUAUCUCAAAGUGUGGUGAGACUUUACCACCGCUGCCCACAAUGCUGCCCUCACCCACGCUGAAUCCAUCCAGUGAACCCUGUGAGCAAAACUCAGGAUUGUUCUACGGAGGGACGCUGAACAGGACCAGGUCGGGGAGGACCUGCCAGGCUUGGGGGUCACAGCACCCUCACAAGCACAAUUAUACCCAUCUCAGAUCAGAGGACAAUUACUGCAGGAACCCAGACCUGGAUGAGGAGGGAGUUUGGUGUUUCACUACUGACCCAGAUGUGGAAAUGGAAUACUGUUCCCUCUCCUACUGCGAUGACUUGAUGAAUCAGCAGCAGGAUUACGACAUUGACGUGUCCGAUGAGACAAUAGCAGGUCGAACGAUCGGCGGUUCCUAUCAGCCAUUUUUCAAACCUUCUUACUUUGGCAAAGGAGAGAUGGAAUGUGGCCUGAGACCUCUGUUUGAACGCAUAAACAAGAAGGAUAGCGGUGAGGACGAGCUGAUCGAAUCGCUGAGUGGUCGGAUUGUGCACGGCACGGACGCUCAGAGAGGCAGUGCUCCCUGGCAGGUGAUGCUGUUUCAGAAAAGUCCACAGAUGCUUCUGUGCGGUGCAAGCCUACUGAGCAAUGAGUGGGUGCUGACGGCAGCCCACUGUGUCCUGUACCCUCCCCAGUAUAAGAACUACACAGUGAAAGAUCUGAUCGUACGUCUGGGGAAAUACGAGCGAGCCGCGUACGAAAAGCUGACCGAGAAGAUUGUCGCGAUUGAUAAAAUCCUUAUUCACCCAUUGUACAACUGGAAGACCAACUUGGACCGUGAUAUUGCCUUGCUCCAUUUGAAGAAGCCCAUUGAGUUCACCGACUACAUAUCGCCGGUCUGCCUACCGUCGAGGAAAAUCACCGUAAGGUUAAUGAACGAAGGGCACAAAGCUCGGAUCACAGGUUGGGGAAACCUGGAAGAAACAUGGAUCAAUGGUGUAGAUCAUCUUCCCACCAACUUACAGCAGGUUCAGCUCCCCAUCGUCAACCAAGCUGACUGCCGGGCAUCCACCAAAGUCCCUGUCACCAGAUUCAUGUUCUGUGCCGGUUACCAAGCGACUGACAGCCAGCGUGGAGAUGCGUGUGUGGGAGACAGCGGGGGCCCAUUGGUGAUGAAGAACCCAGAGGACAAUCGCUGGUACCAGAUGGGGAUCGUCUCCUGGGGAGAAGGGUGUGAUAAGGACGGCAAGUUCGGCUUUUACACCUUCACCUUCAAGGUGAAAAUGUGGAUCAAAAAAGUCAUGGAGCUAUUCAAGAGGCGACGUGGCUGAGGUGUUGAUUCACAGUGCGGGUGUGUGGUGGGGAGUAAAUAGGUGUCAGGCUUUCUCUGAUUCUCAGAUUCAAAAUUAAACAGGGGUCACAAUCAAGCGAACGUUAGUCAUUUCAGUUCGGGAACAAUGUUUGCAUUCUUAAAAAAAUGUUUAAGGAAAUAAAACACAAUUCU